UGUGAAGAUCUUCCGGGCACUCAUCCUUGGGGAGCUGGAGAGAGGCCAGAGCCAAUACCAGGCCCUGUGCUUCAUCUCGCGCCUCAACCACAACGAGUUCAUCCCCAGCGAGUCCAUGGCCCGACUCAGACAGGUAUGUGUCACCGACCAGGGUUCUAACCCGGGUCUCAGGCGCUUCAAGACUGUUAGUCGCUGAGUUAAAGGCAUUAGCUCAGGGAGCUAACGGAAGUAUUCAGGUCUCAGGCAAGUUUAGUUAUCGCACGAGAGUGGUUCCAAACCUCCUCCGCUACAUAUGCACUAGUAGUACAGGGAAAUGAACUUACUGAGUGGCCCAGUUUGAAUAUGUUCAAAGUGUAUCCUUUGAUCCACUGAUCUAACACAACAUGAUACUUGCAAGCAAAAGGUUCCUAUGUAGUUCCACUAUGUAGCUUCCACCUAUUACUGCUAUGUCAGAUCAGUGAUAACUCCAAAGGAAGGGUACAGGGAAUAACAAAUAAUAAGGCCAGUGAGUGUCCUUGGAAGUGAAUGAGCAUUAUCCCAUUUGAUAAAGUGACCAUGGUGACAUGACUGACUUUGUCCUGCGGUCCUCCAGAAAAACCCUCACGCCAUCCGCACGGCGGAGGAGAGGCGGGGCCUGGACCAGCUGACCAUGAACGUGGCGGUGAACCUGAGCCGGGCGUGGCAGCUCAGCAGCCACAUCCACAACAUGUGCAGCGAGGCCCGGGAGGCCAUCUACACCCGGGAGAGGGACGUCAAACAUUGGCUGGAAAGAGGUCAAUAGAAUGAACAUGUGGGCACGUCGUCUCACAGAUAAUGUAGUCUCAAAGGGCAAAUAAAUAAAAAGAGUCUGGGAGGCAAAAAUAAAAGGUGAUCUGCAGUGGUGUAAAGUACUUAAGUAAAAAUACUUAAUAAUAAUAAUAAUAAUAUGCCAUUUAGCAGACGCUUUUAUCCAAAGCGACUUACAGUCAUGCGUGCAUACAUUUUUUUGUGUAUGGGUGGUCCCGGGGUUCAAACCCACUACCUUGGCGUUACAAGCGCCGUGCUCUACCAGCUGAGCUACAGAGGACCACAGAGGACUACUUGAAAGUACUACAUAAGUAGUACUUUACUAUUUAUAUUUUGGACUACUUUUACUUCACUACAUUCCUGAAGAAAAUAAUGUACUUUUUACUCCAUACAUUUUCCUUAAGACCCAAAAGUACUCAUUACAUUUUGAAUGCUUAGCAGGUCAGGAAAAUUGUCCAAUUCACGCACUUAUCAAGAGAACAUCCCUGGUCAUCCCUACUGCCUCUGAUUAGGUGGACUCACUAAACACAAAUGCUUUGUUUGUAAAUUAUGUCUGAGUGUUGGAGUGUGACCCUGGCUAUCCGUAAAUAAAUAAAUAAACAACAAUGGUGCCGGCUGGUUUGCUUAAUAUAAGGAAUUUGAAAUGAUUUAUACUUUUACUUUUGAUACUUAAGUAUAUUUAAAACCAAAUACUUUUAGACUUUUACUCAAGUAGUAUUUUACUGGGUGACUUUCACUUUUAUUUGAGUCAUUUUCUAUUAAGGUAUCUUUACUUUUACUCAAUUGGGUACUUUUUCCACCACUGGUGAUCUGUAUCUUUCACAGUCAAUGUUGUGGCCUUUCUCAAGACAAGAUACACAUUUGUCCACCAUUGUGUGGACGUGGAAUAAAAUAUAUAGAUCACAUUUUCAUUUUUGUCCUCCCAGCUUCUCUUUUUCAGUUGGAGAGGUCAGCCCCCUCUCUCUCAGUGAAGUAUGAUUUACUGGAGUGCUGGGCUGGAAUAAAAGCCUGCACACACUGGCCUCCAGGAACGCAGUUGCCCACCCUUGGUCUAGACCUUAAUCACACACACGCUCUAAUGUAAAUGAAUCCAAUACAUUUUAGCUCUAUAUGUACACUACCAUACCAAACUAGCCCAGUUCUACUUCAAAAACACUAUUAGUCUUUGACAAAGUAAAAAAAGAUUAUGUAAUCUACUGUAAAGUCAAACACUCUCUCCCUGAAAGAGUGUUUUGCUCCUAUAGCUCUCUUGCUCUAUAUGAGUGUAUACUUGGCUCAACUGUAGGCUGUAUCACGUUUCGUGAUUGUUGAUUAGUUUUAUUAUGAGAGCUGACAGAAAAGAGCCCUGUGUCUUUAGUUUAUAUGAAGGUCACAGUGUCUAGGCGUAGAUAAUGUACAAUGCUAUUGUACUGUAAACAAUGUAGCCUGAUGGUCAUAGUACAGUGCAUGGUGAACCAUCUGUGAGUGAAUGGCGAUAGCAGCACUCUUUUGCAUGAAAAAGCUCCUUAUUACUAGCCUGGUCCCAGAUCUGUUUGUGCUGUCUUGCCAAAUCCUAUGGUCAUUGUCACAGUGGGCGUUGGCAAGACAGCACAAACAGAUCUGGGACCAGGCUACCUUAUUAGUGCAUUGACUCACGUAUGUUGUUUGCUGCACCUGUAGGAGUGGAGGGCUCCAUGUUUGAGAUCCUGCCCCAGUCGGUGGACGUGGUCCCGGUCCUGCUGUCGUGCCGCUCUACGAGAGACCUGUGGCAGGCCUGCUCCUGCAGCUACAGCCUGCGUCUGGAGUGGUACCCCUGCCUGCUCAAGUACUGCCGCAACCACGACACCACGGGCAAAGGCAUCCCCUACAAGUGUGGCAUCAAGAGCUGCAGCAAAGGCUACCAAUUCACCUAUUAUGUCCCCCACAAACAGCUCUGUCUCUGGGAUGAGGAGACU